AUGUCUAUUGUGGCAUUAGCAGACGGGCAGCAGUCCAGCGUUACGCUCGAUGUUCUCCACGAUGUCGCAGCGCGCAAUAACAUCCGAAUUGCGUCCAAGGGAGACGAAGAAGCAUACCUUCUUGUCCUUCAAUCAGCUGACAUGACGGCUGCAAAUGUCGACAGCCUGCCAGACUACAUCGAUCCUCGGCUCGAGCCCGUUCCUACGAUCGGUGGACGAGAGUAUUGGAAAUCCAAGAAUAAUAGUCACAAUGCAUGGAGUCACCAAGCGCAUAUUGUGGCAGAGAAACCGCUGUCGGACGUCCUCAAAGGUCGCAAGGUCAUUAUGAAAGAUAACAUGUCUGUUUAUGGUCUACCACAUACUUGUGGAACCUUCCCUCAACUUGUUUCCAAGGAUGGGAAAUAUCCCAUCGCUCAGAUCGACGCAACAAUAACAAAGAGAUUGCUGGAGGCUGGAGCCACUAUAGCAGGCACAUCAACGUGUGAGAACUAUUCUCUGACGCCGAUGUCCUACACUUCAGCCAAUGGGCCGGUUCAUAACCCUUGGCUCCACGACCAUAACACGGGCGGGAGUACAAGCGGAGGGGCAUGUCUCCUCGCGCUGGGGAACGCUCGGUCAGCUGGAGUCCCCGGUCUAGAGGAAGCCGGGGAAGACGUUGAUAUGGCGAUGGGUGGCGAUCAAGCAGGGAGCAUCCGCCUUCCGUCUGCAUACUGCGGCGUCUAUGGUCUCAAGCCCACGCAUGGCCUUGUCCCGUAUACGGGCAUCGCUGGACUUCAUCCAAUGAUCGACUACACAGGCCCGAUGGCGAGAAAAUUGGAGGAUAUAGCCACUUUACUCACAGUGGUUGCUGGCUAUGAUGGGCUUGAUACACGCAUGACGCCUGAAUCGCCACUCCGGCAGCAUGUUACUGAUUAUGUUCAGCAACUCGCUUCUGAAGAGCACCCGGGCAAAGGCCUCAAAGUCGGCAUCAUCACGGAGUCACUCAGUGCUCCAGGCACACAGUCAGAAGUCGCAGAGAUCGUGCGUUCCGCCGCAUUGGAACACUUCAAAGCGAGCGGAGCAACAGUUUCCGAAGUUUCAGUGCCGAUGCAUCUGCUCGGUCCCGCCAUCUGGACCGCAGCAACCAGAGCGCACCUCGCUGGACUGGCCAUUGGUGGCCGCAUACCUGACGUACUCAGCCAUAAUAUUCCGCAUCUGUCCCUGAGAUGGCCCCCAGACCAAGAAAUGUACGAUCUAUUGACCGUGGCUAACCCUGCAGUCAUAAAUAUCAUUUUCUGCGAGACGUUUCUUAAAGAAAAAUUUGGUCCAGAAGUCCAGGCGAAGGCACAUCGCCAUGUCUUGCAAUUAAGAGCAGCUUAUGACAAGGCGCUGGAGGAAUUUGAUGUCCUUAUCACCCCUACGACGCCAGCGGUUGCUCCUCCACAUCCUGAUUUGCGCCCAGAGGCCGAAGGUGGCAGCAGCGUCAUGGACAAGAUCAAACUAGCAGUUGGAUCAACCAACCACACAUGUCCGUUCAAUGUCACAGGCCAUCCCGCAUUGAACGUGCCUUGUGGUUGGGCUCCUGCGCGGAACGGGCGCGGGAUGCUCCCUGUUGGUAUGCAGGUGAUCGGCAAGAGAUGGGAUGAUAUUCGAGUCUUGAAAGCAGCCAAAGCAUUCGAGUUGGGUGGCGGGGGCUUGGGCGCAUGGCCUGGUCAAACGAAAGGGUGA